UGGCUCUCACAAGAACAGACGAGCCUGCUCCGAUGCAUGCCCGUUAAAAUGGGCGGGGCGAGUCACAUCCGUUAUUUUGACCGGUCUCGGCCAGAUAAUCUUUAGAAUUGGAACAGUAUCCUGGCUGUGACUGAUGAUUCACGAGUUCAAAAGUCCACACAAGAACGCAUAUUGAGAAAGGACCCAAGACAGGCACGAGUAAAUGCUUUGCUAAAAGGUGAAGACUUGCCACCAUGAGGACCAUAUUUUUUAGAACACUGAAAUUCGGCAUCAUGUUCCUCUAUGUGAUGGUCUUUGCCUUGAUCUUGUUUCGACUUCCAAUGGACAUUCUGCAACUUGAAGUCUACCGCUCAAUCAUCAUGCCGAGAGUCUCCCCUCAUCAUAUCGUUAAUCACAGAUUCUGCACCUUCCAGCCACGGUCCCCCCAGGACGCCUUGGACGAACGCCACAUCCUAGACUCCAUUGCUUGGCCUGAAACUCCACUUUUACCAUCUCCUGUUUCCUUCGAGCAGACCACUGAUCCAGCCCACAGCACCUUCACCAUCCUCCCAGGGAGGAAAGGGGGGCAGUGGCAUGUAGGGGACGAGCUGGAGGUUAUGAUACAAACCUUUGACUUCCAAGGUCGUCCCAAGAAGUCUGGGGGGGACUUCCUGACCGCCCGUCUGCACAACCGGAAGCUUGAAGCAGGUGUGGCUGGUCAAGUUGUGGAUCAUCUGAAUGGGAGCUACUCUGCUGUAUUCUCUUUGCUCUGGGAAGGAGACGCAGACGUUGAGGUGACUUUGGUUCAUCCUGGUGAAGCUGUCACAAUACUGAACAGGCUAAACAGAGAACAGCCUGACAGGAGUUACUACAAGAGCCUCUACCGCUCAGGCUCUCUCUCUGAAACCACCAUCUGUAACGUCUGCCUGCGGCCAACCCAACAGCCUGUGUGUAACCACACUGACCUCCGUACCGGCGAGCCUUGGUUCUGCUACAAGCCAAAGAACCUGAGCUGUGAUACCAGGAUCAACCACUUCAAGUUAGCAUUCGAGCAUAACCUAACAGCCAAGGAGGAGAAGCUCUUUAAGAGUGGUGUUAACCUGAAAGUCUCCAUUCAGGCUACAGGACCUUCUAACCUUGCUGUGUUGCCAGAAGAUGGUCAGCUGAAGGUGAAGAGCAGCUCUGUGACAUCUCUACCAUCUGGUUAUUACUACCAGGGUGUGUGGCGAGCACUGGGAGGCCCCACAGUAUCUCAAUUUAACACAUCUGCCAUCACGCAGUGUCUGAAAGGCAAAGCAGUUCACAUGUAUGGAGACUCCACAGUGAGGCAGUGGUUUGAAUUUCUCAACGCAGCUCUACCAGGUCUUAAGGAAUUUGACUUACACACCCAGAGACACGUUGGACCUUUUAUGUCCUUGGACAAUGAAAACAACAUCUUGGUGAGGUACCGCUGCCACGGUCCACCUAUUUAUUGGCCCCCUACCCCAACCAGAGAGCUUCGUUACAUUGCUAAUGAGCUAGAUGACUUGAACGCAGGCCCCAACACUGUGGUAGUCCUCAGCAUCUGGGCUCACUUUACCACUUGCCCAAUGGAUUUCUACAUCAGGAGGCUACAGAGCAUCCGUAGGGCGGUGGUGCAGCUGCUGGACACAAAUCCCGGCACACUGGUCAUCAUCCGGACUGCAAACUCCAGAGCUUUGACCCUUCAACUUUCCCUAAUCAACAGCGACUGGCUUUCACUGCAGUUUGAUAAGGUGCUCAAAGCCAUGUUCAAAGGACUGAAAGUUCAUCUGAUCGAUGCCUGGGAAAUGACCCUGGCCCACCACCUGCCGCAUGACCUUCACCCACCACCUCCCAUUAUUAAGAAUAUGGUAAACUCUCUGUUGUCCUAUGUAUGUCCUCAAAAGCACGGUUAGAUGUUUGUGUUUUGGGGGUGCAGACUGUGUAUUUGAGCACAUUAUAUAGUUAUCUCAGAAUUUCCAGUGUUUAUUUUUAUUCCUUAUCAAUAAAUGCUCAGACCACAUCACAAAUCGCCCUAAAAGGCCUUUACAAUCUCCACACAUACAACAUUGAUUGUCCCGCGACCCUCGCUUAGGAACAAUCGGUUGCAUGUUAUGAUGAUCUAGAAAAGAUUCAGGCAGGCAUCAUCUUCUACAAAUGGUAUUAAUUGAAUGAAAUAUGUUGGGGGAGGUUAGCUAGGACAAAUAGCAUCACAUGUCAUGUCGGUUGCUGUCUGGAAAUGUUAGUAACAAGCUUCUUCCUCACUUACUCCACUGAACCGUGGACGCCCACAUGACUCCAGCCGGUCCUCUGGUCAGCCCUUCUCAUCUGGACAGGAGUGAGCGAUUCACUUUUGUCGUCAUGGUCACCCUGGAUGUAGUGCAGGAAUAGAAAGUAGUUAAACUCUGCACUCCCUCUUGUACAGAACAUUUGAGCAUUGCUUUUUAGUGGUCAAAGUGCAGGCCUGGACACAAUAUCCGGCUCUUCCUCAUUUGUUGCUCCCUGUGUGGAUGUUGAAGCAUUUCUUGUAGUCGUUUUCGGGAUUUCCGAUCCCUCUGACUUGGUUGAUGAGAAGAAUCCGACACGUCAAAAAAGUUAACAUUUAUUUAUUUAUUUAGAAGAGGAAAAGAAUACAUGCAAUUCCCGCAGAUAUACCUGAAGACCCUAAGCACGCACAGUUUGUCAGCUGUCAGACUGUGACCUCUUUUAUAUUAUCCCCACACCUUAAGAACUGGUCUAAACUGGCUCGUUUUAGGCGGUCAUCACACAAGUUUUUUGUACUUCUCCAUUCUUCCUUAUUAGGUGCAAUGUAAAGGUGACUUAUCCAUUCGGCCUUAGUAGGUGUGCUAUAACGGUUACUUGCCCAUUCUGCCUUUUUAGGUGCGAUAUGAUGCAAACGGUAGCGUUAGUGGUUUGUCACGCUGUCGCCUCUGCCCUGACAUCCUCACACUUAUCACACUUCUCCAUUCCCCAGUCCGCAUGUUUACCAGAUAUGGUCAUACGAAGCUCAGCAUUUUUUCCUACGUUGCCACAAUUUUGUUUUUCUAAAAAAAUAAUAUAAAAGACACACAAACAGGAACAUACAUCUCACAUCCUCCAGACUAAGAAAUGCCAGUAAAUUUAUGUUAUCAUUUUCACUUUUCUGUCUGGGACAUUUAGCUAAACCUGCAUGUAGAAAAACAUCAGUUAUUUAGUUAGUGAUAUUUUAAGGAAAAGGUGCAUAUGCGGUAAGUUUACACAAUAACAUAUAUUACAUCACAUCACAUGUUCUCCAAAAUAACCACAUGGAAACAUAUGUCUCAGCACCUGAAACUAAGCUGACUUUAGUUUACUGUACAAGAACAUUUACUUCAUCACUUUCAUCCAGGCUUGGAAAUAUUAAUGCCCAGGUGCAUUUGAACGAAUAUCUGAGGAUCAAUGAAUCGGACAAUGUUUGUCUUUUUUUUGCAAGGCACCAUUGGGUUUUCCCAGUUUUUGAGACAAAUUUGGAAAUAUUGAUGCAUUUAAGCAAAAAUGAAGAGAACAUUUCAUUCCUGUUGCAACAUGCGUUGACCCAUUACACAUUGGUCCUUCAGUCGUUCUCCAUGAUUUGCUGGCUAAAAUUGAACAUUCCAUUUCUAAAUAUUUAACAUUUAACAUUCGGUGCAGUUUUUGUACUUGAUGAGCGCUUAUGGAUGUAAGGAACACUUUUGGCAUGACAUGAAAAGAUUUCCUACCUGCAAAGGUAAGGAUCCACCAUCUGACUCUUGUAAUUGUCAAAUAUGUAAACAUAGUGUAAUGCUAAAAGAGUGAUACAUGUCUGAAUUGAAGUAAUGUGCAAAAAGCAGGGUGAUUAAAAAGUUUCCAUUUGCAGCUGUGUAUGAAGAAAAGAGGGCAGUCAAACAUACUUUCACACAAAUGCUCGGACAAAGGAACACCAUCUUAACCGUGGUUCUUAUCUCAACUUUCUCAAAGUUUGCAAUUUUUCAUACCUGCCACUAAGGAUGGCCUUCAUGUGUUUGUAUAAAAGCUCAGUGUUUUUAACUGCUCGGAGAGGCCAUCUCCACAGAGCACUGUAAUACGUGCUUGUGUAUUUGACCUCCUGCUUGCAAGCAAUAAAUGGACUUUUACAACUUUGAUCAUUCAUCAAGACCCUGUUUUUCCUAUUAGACAAACUUUGAAACAAAUCAUUCUCUUCUCCCGGACUAGUUUUAUUGAAAUAUUCCACAACACUCUGC